AUGCCAUCCAGCCACAUGCCGAGUUUGAGGCAUCCAUCCAAGUGGAUGUUUCCUCCUCUCCUCCUUUUCCUGGCUGAGCUCGGCUGCGACGCACACCCCACAUACCAAUGGAAGGACGCUGUGACCAGUGAGAGGCUCGUCUGCAAGCAGUGCCCACCGGGGACCUUCGUGAAACAGCACUGCACCAGGGAGGAGCAGACAGUGUGUGACCCCUGCCCAGAUCUGCAUUACACGCAGUACUGGAACUACCUGGAGAAGUGCCGGUACUGUAAUGUCAUCUGUGGGGAGAAGCAGGUGGAGGUGCAGCAGUGCAAUUCCACACACAACCGCGUCUGUCAGUGCCAGGAGGGAUACUACUCGGACAUGGAGUUCUGCAUCAAGCACUCUGAGUGUCCAGCAGGCUCUGGCAUGGAGAAACCAGGUACCCCCUUUGAGGACACCCAAUGCCAAGACUGCCCCCAUGGCUUCUUCUCCCCCAGCUCCAGCAAAGACCCAUGCCAGCCACACCAGGACUGCGAGCAGCAGGGGAAGGUGACCAAUGUGCAGGGUAACCAGUACCACGACACCCUCUGCACCUCCUGCAGAGUGGGGAGAGGAAACAGCACACAAGAACCAGCUGUAGAAGAUGAGGAUUGUCAACAAGCCAUGAUAGACUUUGUGGUGUACCAGAACAUCCCCAUGAAGAAGCUGAAGCGCCUGCAGCAAAUCCUGGAGCGCUCACCAAAGAAGACACUGAGGACCAAGGCAGCCAUCCAGGAGAAAGUCAGGACUUUCCUCACUCACAAGAAAGAGAAGCAUCACGAGGUCACCAAGAAGCUGCUGGAGGCACUGCGAGUUGCCAAGCUCCACUCCAUCGAGGAGAAGGUCCGCAAGCGCUUCCUCCUGCCCUGA